GAACGUGACGGCAGUCCGCAGCAGCCGUCGAUAGCGUCUGCACGAGUUUUACCGACCGCGACCGCCGGUUAUGAUCAUGACGUGAGAAACGCGUAUACGGCGGUGGCUUAUAUAUUUUCGUUGUUCGGCGUGAUAACGUAUCGUAAUAUAUUAUUGUUGUUGUUUUUCUUCAACGUCGCUCACAAAUACUCGAGUUCAGUUUCAAUCCGACGUCUAGCGGCGUCCGUCCUUUGACAUUUUCAAGAAUCCCCAUCGGGUUUAUACAAGGAUGGGCCCAAACGCCGUUUCCAUAUCAGCCAUAAUCAUCAUCGUCGCCAUCACAUCUAUUGCCCAAACCAAUGGUUGCCAAUUUUAUCCCAUCGACAAUCACUUCAGAUUUAUCAGGUUAUUGGAAACCACACCAGUUGGUUCUGAGGUGAUGCAGAUCGAAGUGUAUCCAAGGAGAAACCUCAGCUUGCAACCAAUUGAUAGUCACGAUGACGUCGCAUUUUUUAAAUUCCGUACAAUUAAUCGGACAACGAUUUCAUUAAGACUAGCCCGAUCACUAGAUGAUUUAGUCGACCGACCAAAUCCCAUCGAAUUACUUAAAGUCAAAUUAGUGUGUGGAGUUGAAGAUGUUUCGAUUAGCUCAUCAAUUGUCAUUACCGUCUUUGUUGACGAUGUAAAUGAUAACAAUCCUUAUUUUGUGAAUGCACCUUACGUUGCCGAUAUUUCCGAAUCCACGCCUAUCGGAACAACUGUCGUACGGGGAAUAAAAGCAUUAGACGCCGACAAGCCGUCCACACCAAAUUCAGAAAUACGAUAUUUAAUCGCUGCUUCGAAGUCUCAAGCUAAAUUUUCACUAGUAAUGGACGCUAAUGGUUCCGCAGCAGUGGUACUAAAAGAACCACUCAACUUCGACGCCGGAGACGAACAAUUUUUGUUAGAAAUAUACGCUAAAGACGAGGGUUCCCCGGCCAGGAACACCAGUACGAUAGUUGAUGUGCGAGUAAAACGUGAUGAAUCCAGAGUACUAAAAUUUACGAGUGAAGUGUAUCACAGUCAAUUUAAAGAGCAUUUUCCAAUAACGGGCAAACGAAUACUCCAAGAAAUACCGUUCAUACCACCGAUUCAUGCAUUUUACGAAAAUAAUGCACUCAAUGCUUCAAUCAGAUAUUCUUUAAUAUCACCAGAGUUCGAUGAAGACGUAUUUCAUAUAGAUCAAUUAACUGGCAGGAUAUUCCUCGACAAGGAAAUUGAUGCCGAUUUGCUCCCAUCAAAUAUAUUUUUGCUCAAAAUCCAAGCGACCGAUAUGAACAACCCCUCUAAAAUUGCACUGGCUGAAGUGGAAAUCGAAGCGAUCGAUGUAAACGAUAACCAGCCCAAGUUUGAAGUAGAUUCGUACAACGUCAGCGUUUACGAAAACAUCCCGAACGGCUACAACGUGCUGAGGGUGGUUGCGACGGACCUAGACCAAGGGGAUAAUGGCGAAUUUGUCUAUCAUCUAGUGGAUCCUAGUCAGGCGUUCACCAUUGACGGCAAGACCGGUUGGAUAACGGUGCGGAACUACACUAAGUUAGAUCGAGAACAAAAGUCUAGUUUCUCUCUGCGAGUAUACGCCCGAGAAAAAAUACCGUUCGUAAUGCAACAAAAAGAAACAGGAGACGCGUUUGUUAGUGUUGAAAUUACCUUGCUUGACGUCAACGACAAUAGCCCAACAUUUGUGCCAAGUAAUCAGUACGCUUUCAAAACAAGAGUUGACCGUACGAUAGGAACGGUGAUCGGAAAGGUUGAAGCUAUAGACCUCGAUGACGGAGAUAACGGACGUGUGGUUUAUAAGAUAUCUUAUUCGCCGAAUAACGAAUCGGAACUUUUUGCGAUCAACCCUGACACUGGUGAAGUGACUAUGAAUGAAACACCGAUAAAUCUGGGCAAACAUACUAUAAUCGUGAAUGCAUCUGACCAACCAAUCGAUCCAAAAGAAAUGAAAUAUUCUCUAGCAGUCGUUACAAUCACAAUUGUUACAGAAGAAGUGAUUAAUCCUGAUUUUGUUAACGCUCCAUACGAAUUUUGGGUUGGAAGUGACGUUCCCGUUGGCACUAGUGUAGGUCAAGUCCGAAUAGUUUCAGAAAAUCCUAAUAUCGAUUAUGAUUUACUUCAUACAUAUCAAGAAGGAGUGCCAUUCGCCGUGGAGGAGAAAACCGGCACGAUAUCGGUCGUUGAUGUCAUUUCAAAUUUUGAUCGGACUGACUAUGAAUUCGAAGCGGUUGCAACAGAUAAUCGAAAUUUGAUUAUUUCAACAAAUGUUACUAUUCAUAUAGUUUAUUCGGAUUCUAGUCAAACUUUGACAAAAACCGUAGAUCCAAUAAGUUUAGUGUUUCGAGUUCGUGAGAACCUACCGGGUGUUGCCAUUGGAAGAUUAUGGAAUGUUGAUUUCUCAAACUCAUCAACCAUGUCUAAGCCUAAUUUUAUAGUUGCCGACCCGGAUGACGGAGAGUUAUUUACCGUAUCCGAAGAUGGCGUUUUAUACACGAAAUCUGGCUUGGAUAGAGAAACCAAAGAAAGUUUCAAGUUGACGGUUAUUGCAGAUCGGAAAACAAAAACUGGUAUCCACCAUGCGACAAUUUUCCAGAUACGUAUUAUAGUCGAUGACGAAAACGAUAACGCACCAGAAUUUCAAAAAACACACUACGAAGGUUCAGUAUUGGAAAAUUGUGCCGUCGGUACACUCGUCGAAUUAAAUGCACCUGUUAGAACAAUCGAUCGAGACAUUGGACCUAACGCUAUUUUUUCAUUGACAUUAAAUGGAGAAGGUAGUGACAUUUUUACAAUCAACAAAGAAUCUGGAGACGUGAUUGUUUCGAAACCUAUGAUCGAUAGAGAAGUUAAGGACACUUAUAAUCUUAAGAUCGUUGCUACAGACCGAGGAAAUUUAUCGUCUGAAGCUUACCUUACAAUACGUGUAACCGAUAUAAAUGACAACGUUCCCGUUUUUAAACGUAUGACCGUUUAUACCAAAGACAAAUUAAGAGUCGCAGCCAGUACCAAGUCGAAUAUAUCAGUCACACUGGGUGACUAUUCGAUACCACAUCGAUUGGAUAACGCCACUACGACCGCCGUCGUAUGGCUUCCUGAAACGAUACAACCUGGUACGCCAAUACUGGCAGUGAAUGCCGAAGAUGCUGAUUCCACCGGAUCAACAAUCACGUAUAAACUAGCAAAAAGUGGCCUGGAGUUUGCUAUUCAUCCGAUUUCGGGUCAGCUAUCCGUUGUGGGUCAGUUGAAAAUCGGCGAACAAGAAUUAAACGUCACCGCGGAAGACGAAGGCGGUCUGAUGACUUGGAUAUUGAUAAUCGUAUUUGUCGAAGAGGACAUAUUGUUUGAAAAAAAAUUAUAUGAAUUUUGGGUACCUGAAGGUACGUAUAAACAACACGAAAUCGGUUGCAUCACAACGGAAGAAACUUCGGUCAUAUACUCGUUAACCAAAAAAAGUUACCGGAACCCCACGUUUGUUAUGACUGACGUUGGAUGUUUAUUGGUAUCUGGUGAUCUAGACAGGGAAACUAGAGAAUCAUUUGACCUGCGAUUGACGGGUAAAAGAAAGUCCGGUGGAACUCCGUCGACAGUGGAUAUCGUUGUCAAACUGUUAGACGUAAACGAUAAUGCGCCACAGUUCCGAAAUCAUCAUCGGGUACGAAAGUUGUCCGCCGGUGAAAUUGGACUUAAAGGAUUUGAAGGAGAGCUCACAGUGCCCGUUUAUGAAGCGACAUUGGCCGAAGCCAGUACGAUAGGAACCAUGAUUACGAGAAUCGUGGCUGAAGAUCCAGAUGGACCAGAAGACGGAAAUUCUAUAGUUUCGUACAGUCUAUUCGGACCGGGUUCAGCGUUUUUCGAUAUAGAUCACGUAACCGGAGUGGUUACAUCGAAAAUUCCAUUGCAAGGGGGUAUUUACAAUGUUACCGUGGUCGCAUCGGAUUCGGGUUUUUCUAGAAAAGAUAACGCCGCGUUAUUAAUUGUCAGCGUCGCUGACAAAAACUCUGGAAUUGAAGAACCAUUACUUGAACUUCGUUAUUUUGAAGUGGAAGUGGAAGAAAACUGUAUAGUGCCAUUAGAAAUCCUCAAACUUAACGUGACAUCACGGUUUAGACGAUCCGGAACGUCCGUCAGUUAUUCAAUAAUUCCCUCGGAAAACAGCGAGAGCUUUGAAAUUGAUUCGAAAAAUGGCAAUAUUUAUCUUAUUGAAAGUCCUGAUAGAGAGACUACUCCGACUCUGACGGUAAUGGUUCGUGUUGAAGUGAUAGGGAGGAAAGGAAAAUCAACUUAUACUGUAUAUCCGGUCGCACAUGACAUAGCUCUUAACGAAGCUCGAAUUGUGCUCCGAAUAAUCGAUCAAAACGAUAACACUCCUAUUUUCACAAACGACAGUAUACCAGUGAUUGCCGCUGUAUCUCCAUUGACAGGUUACGGAACUCCGGUGGCAACAGUUAAAGCGACAGACCCAGAUUUGGAUAUCAACUCAGACAUAAGAUAUACAAUAGUCGGAGAUCCCGUUGAAAAAAGAUAUUUCAAUGUCGACGAACACACGGGUCUAAUACGAACGGUCGGCGGAUUUAAUCAACUUUUAAAUAAUACCGUUUUCGGAUUUGAUAUAAGAGCAACCGACAAUGCCGGUGCACCCAACGGGAGAUCGGCGAUUACAAAUGUCUUUGUUUACGUUUUGGACGAUCAGAAAAUAAUAACAUUGGCUAUGGGAAAACAACCGUCAGUGGUUGAGAAAAACGCAGAUGUAAUAACAAGUUCAAUGACUAAUAUCACUGGAUGCAUGGUUAAAAUAUGGAGAAUAGAUUCAAAUAUAAAUAACAUGACUGAUAUUCAACUUUAUGCUGUGGAUCCUAUCACAAAUGCAUUGGCAGAUAGUGAUUUAUUAAUGAAUUUAAUGUUGGAUCACCAAGAUGAAAUUAAUUACGUAUUAAAGCCGCUACAAUUCAUUGGAUUUUCUCGUAUACCAAAAAGCCACAACGACGUAGUGGUGGAAAACUCAUUAAGUCUGUAUACAACGUUUGAACUGUUAACGGUUUUGUUCGGAUUUAUUAUAUUCAUGGGGGCCAUAACUGGAGUAACGUGCGUGUGCACGGGACGUAAGAGGGAGAAAAACAAGACUAUUACUUCCUAUGGGAAUUUCGGUUUCCACGAGAGGUCUCCGUUCACUUUGAGUAAUGGAAGUCUAGCAAGGCUAUCAACCUGCGAACCCAGAUCACUACAGAACCCCACAUCGUUCAUGGAGGGUUCACUUUUGUACGGAGGGGCUGUCACCAACCCUAAAAACUUACGAAGGGGUUUGCGAUGCAAUCAGUCCAGGUCGAUCAUACCCGUUGAACCGCCAAUCACUCAUAUGCGGCUCCAGUGCGCGUCUAGGAAUGAUCACCUCGAUAAUUUGCCAAACGAUUGUUGUUCGUGUAGUAGUGCCACUGGAAGUACGGGCACCGCCAGUUUAACUGGAUCCUUUGUCAUGAAAUCUAGCGAAAAUUUCGAAGACUCGCUGCGUUCAAUUGACAGAUCUAAUAAUAACAACAACUGUCAGAGGCAUCGCCGGUGUUGCAAUGAGGAUGAUUCGAAUAAUACACAAACAAACAAUACCAACAUUAAGGUCUGCAAGUGUCCGUUGGCUCUGUGAUUAAACUGCUCAUUAUUUUAUUAUUAUUUUAUAAAUAUUGUAUAUAUUAUAUUAUGUACAGACU